UUCCCGGAGUUUUUCCGGUUAAUCCUGCUCGGCCCCACCGGCCGCAGCCAAUGGACGCUGCCGUUGAGUUGGGGUUGGGAUUAGCAGGAGGGCGAAUGACUUUCAAUUUUACUGGAUUACAGAACAAAGAACGAGAAGGAGGUGCAAAAAGGACACUUCUACUCGUGCUGCUGUGGAAGAAAAACAAGAGCGAGAGACGGGGAUACAAAGAUUGAGAUUAAGAUUACGGCCGUUUUUUUUUUGUCGAAGUGUUUUGAGCAACAUUCGUGUUUUUUUUUUUAAACGAUGGAUUAAAAAAAAUUCCGGGAUUGACAGCAGCCGACAAAAGCGAUUUAAUCGCGAAUUAAGAGGCCAUGUCUCAAAUGAGGAAGCUGGCAUGUGACGGCGUGCGGCCCACCUCCCGCUGUGACCCUCCGGUUCCGGCGCUGUCGGCCAGGCAGGAGAUCCUCACCAGCUUGGUGUCGGCCCUGGACUCUGUGUGUAUGGCCAUGUCCAAGCUCAACGCGGAAGUGGCCUGCAUCACCGUCCACGAGGACAGCGUCAUCGCACUCGGCACGGAAAAGGGGCGAAUUUUCCUCAACUCUAAGAGAGAAAUACAGACCGAAUUCUACAAGCAUUGCCGGGCGCCCACUUGCCUCCCCAACAUGACCGUCGCCAAAGACCAAGACGUGGAACCGGGCAAGGCGGGAAAGGAAGGCGAGCACGGGAAAAUCGGCAGAACACCCGCACUCCCGCUGCCGCCGCCGCCACCACCACCGGACACUCAGUCCAACAUUUUUGUCCUAAGGAAGAUGGUGGACGAGGUCUUCACCGUUCUCUACAGUGAAGCGGCCGGAAAGAGCACCCUGGUGCCUGUGCCUUACGAGUGGCUCCAGAAAGAGCCCGCUUGCCUUGUGGCCCGCGGCCUACCGGAAGGCGUUUCCUUGAGGAAGCCAUCCGAGUAUGACUCCAAGACGCUCAUAAAGAUUCUGGAGCAAAGCCACAGGAUACACUUCACCGUCACAAGGCCGACGGAAGACUUGUCUCGCGAAGCCAAAUCGGCGAGCGCGGAGCUGGGCCAUCAAAGCUCUUCCGGCAGCCCCGUGGCUCAGGGCGGCGCUGGCCCAGUCAAGACUACUGCCCAGGUAGUCACACCGUCAAGUCCCGCCACUUCCGCCAACUCUGUUCUCUCAAACUUCCUGUACGGCAUGCCCAUGUCCUCCAAACCCCACCCAGAUGGUCCGCUGGACUUCAAACCCUCGUCGCUCCUCAACCUGGGCAAGGACCGACUGGCCAAGUGGACAGACAAGGGCGCAUGUGGGAAGGAAGCUGCUAGCAUUGAUGAGACAACAAAAGUACCCGGUGAGCAGGGUCAGACACCUGCGAGUGUCCACAUAUCCAAGAGGCUACUUUUCUCCAUCGUGCACGAAAAAUCAGAAAAAUGGGACUUGUUCAUCCGGGAGACGGAGGAUAUUAACACGUUAAGGGAAUGCGUCCAGAUCCUCUUCAACAGCAGAUAUGCCGAGGCCCUCGGUCUGGACCACAUGGUGCCGGUGCCCUACCGCAAGAUCGCGUGCGACCCGGGCGCGGUGGAGAUCCUGGGCAUCCCGGACCAGAUUCCCUUCAAGCGUCCGUGCACCUACGGGGUCCCCAAACUCAAACGCAUCCUGGAUGAGAGACACGCCAUCCGAUUCGUGGUCAGGCGGAUGUUUGAUGAAAAGAUUUUCACAGCUGCCGGCAAGAUGUCGAAGGAGGAAAGCAAGCCGGACGCUGGGGCCGCCGCCCCCGAAGACACUCUGACCGAGAACCCGAGCCUCACGCCCCCUGCCGCGGAGCUGCCGGUCAAUCCUCACAGCAACAGGUCGACCGGCGUCUGCGCGAGUCCCCCGGCCGAGCGCGAAGCAGGUCCUUCGGCAGAUUGCCUGCCCGUGAAGAGGAUUAAAACGGAGCCUCCGGAUGGGGACAUCAUUCAAGUGACUGUGCCGGAAGCCGGCUCCGGUGCGGAGGAGGCCAGCGAGCCGGCACCCGAGCCUGCCUCAUGUGGGGCCACGUCCUCUCCCUCGCGUCCCUCGGGUGCCUCGGCCCUCCACCACCCGGCGGAGAGCCACGCAGCCGGCGAAGCCUUGUCACCCAACGCGGCACCCCAGGGCAUCCGAAGACCCCCUGAAGCCGGAAGACUGGUGGAGGACAUUGGUGAAAUGAUUCUUCAGCUGCGCAGACAAGUGGAGAAUUUAUUCAGCAUGAAGUACGCCGAAGCUUUGGGCCUCCCCGAGCCGGCCAAGGUGCCCUACUCCAAGUUCCAGAUGUACCCCGAGGACCUGUUCGUCACCGGGUUGCCCGAGGGCAUCGCGUUGCGUCGGCCCAACUGCUUCGGGGCGGCCAAGUUGCGCAAGAUCCUGGCCGCCGCCAGCCACAUCCGGUUCGUCAUCAAAACGCCCAAGCUGCUGAGCGAGCACGUCAAACAAGAGUUGCCUUCUGUCUGCGACUCGGAGCCGGACGCCAAGGAAGUGACGCCGCUGACGGAAGACGCCGCAGUGUUGUCCAAGAGACCCGCUUUCUCAGAGGGCCUGGAGUCCAAGCUGUCCCGGAUCGACCUGGCCAACACCCUGCGGGAGCAGGUCCAGGACCUGUUCAACAGGAAGUACGGCGAGGCGCUGGGCAUUAAGUACCCGGUCCAAGUGCCUUACAAGCGCAUCAAGAACAACCCGGACUCUGUCAUCAUCGAGGGACUCCCGCCCGGCAUCCCCUUCCGGAAGCCCUGCACCUUCGGCUCCCAGAACCUGGAGCGCAUCCUGGCAGUCGCCGACAAAAUCAACUUCACCAUCACCAGACCUUUCCAAGGCCUCAUUCCAAAGCCGGCACCUCGACGGGUCACUUUACUCAAGAAGGCGUACGCUGCCAUAAAUGACGACGACGAUGACGAUGACGUCAACCGAGUCGGGGAGAAGGUGGUCCUCCGCGAGCAGGUCAAGGAGCUGUUUAACAAGAAAUACGGCGAGGCUCUGGGGCUCGACCGCGCCGUGGCUGUGCCGUACAAGCUGAUCCGUGGCAGCCCGGAGUGUGUGCAAGUGGACGGGCUCCCCAAAGACGUGCCCUUCCGCAACCCGGGUGCCUACGACGCCGCUUGCCUGGAGAGGAUCCUCCACGCCAAAGACAAAAUCAGCUUCAGCGUCAAGAGCCAGCUACAGCCUUUUUCAGAACUGUGCAGUCAGCCUUGCAACACAGCGUUAGCGCCCGAAGCCUCUACCAGUCGAAGAAAGCGCAAGCGAGUCCAGGAGACCCACAGAGGACCCGCCCCCUCCUCCACAGAGCUUGCUCCGCCGGCCAGUCAGAUUCCAGUCAUGUGGCCCAUGUACAUGGUGGACUACAGUGGAGUCAACAUGCAAGUACCAGGAAAAGUCAACUACUGAAGGGAGUCAGAGCCCAGAAAUGGCGUGGUCAACAAUCUGCCAUGGCGAUGAUGAUUAUCAUUAUUGUUGUGUUUUGUUUUCUCAUUUGUUUGCUAACAUUAGCACUAAAAAAGUCACGUCGUGUAUGUGUGCGCGCUCGCGCGAUUAGCAUCCACACCGUUAUUACUAACACUAUAAGUCACAGUGACAUCUUGUGUUAAGUUUGUACCUUUUUUAUUUAUUCUAUUUAUUAAAAUGUAACAUCGCCAUAUGCAGGGAUGCUAACUAAAACAAUAACGCUUAGCGGGGCCCACAUACUCUGGAUUGAUAAAAAAAAAUAAUAAUGCAGCAGUCUAUCUUCAUUUGAGUUAAUUUGUGGCAAUGGCUGUGUCCAAAUUCACAGGCUGCGUCCUCUGAAGGCCGCAUGACAUCACUUCCGACGCAACUCAACAGCACAUGGUUUCGAAGGUCUCGUAAGACAAUUCGCAGGCUGCGACCUUUAAUACUUUCAAAGGCUCCUAAUGUCGCAUCCCUGGACCGCAUAAACCGUGGCGAAUUUGACCACCGUGUGCGGUCAAGUCACGCCGGAAGUGACGUCAUGCGGACUUAAGAGGGCUCAGCCUGUGAAUUUGAACGCAGGCAAUGUAUUCACUCUAGCUGGUGCAAAAAGCUACCGUAGGCUUCAACAUCUUCACCCUGGUAAACCAGUCGGCAGCCAGCUAGCAUAAGAAUUAAUAAUCACUCUUGUCAUUCCAGCUAACGGAUUGUCAUCUUGGGUUAGACACACCAAUAUUGCAGUCCACAUUUUAAUUCUGGCAAAGUAGUUAGUGGCUGCCUCGCACAAGAAGCCAUCUACAGCUUCAAGCUGGCAAGCAUGCGAAGCUAACCCAGCUGUUGAAAUCUUAUAGGCCAGCUAAAGAACGAUCCCCCACCCCCAAACCGUUUGAAUUAGUUUUGUAUCCAGCGUAUGGACGCCCCCUGUAGGAGCUUGAGAUUAAUACAGCCUUUUGUACCUUAGCAGAUUUAUUCGAAGCCAUUUGAGCAUUUAUUCGAUAUUCUUGAUGUUUUCGGACGUUUUUUCACGCCGCCGUUUGACAUUUCUGCGUACAAGUAGGACAACUUCAACAUCAUACAAUUCCACCAGUUAGCAUCUGGCGCUUCACUUAAUAGUACUAGUUGCAUGCAGAUGAUAAAUUGUGGCAAAGCGCACUAGCCCACGGAGCUUAAACUGCAUAUCGAGGAUAUGGAAUAAAUGCUCCAAGGGCUUGAAGUAUAUGUACCAUAAUAUUACGUGGCUAAAACAAGUCAGUCUGAAUGUAUCAAGCGGGGCCUGUCCGACCCUGACUUACCAGUAAAGAAUGCUAUGAUGACUAACCCCCAUGUAAACAUGCUGUACCUUAACGCCAAUUAGGCCUUUCCAAAUAAAAUGUGUUGCCUUGA